AAUUUUUAAAAAUUUUAAAUGAAUAAUUUUCGAAUUUAUUUAAACAUUUUACAUAUUUCUGUGUUUUGAUAUAUUUGUUGAUAAAAAAAAAACUGUCAUCAACUUGAAUUAACAUCAAAACAUAACCUCUGUUUAUUGAUCCAAGUGCUUAGGGUGGUGUCUAUAUAUUUAUAUAUUUAUAUUAUAUCAGAUGUAAAGUGAAUGUCCAGUUGUUAGUCAACAGUAAAAAAAAUGGGAGCAAAAAUGAUCUAGACAAGUUAAAAUAAAUUAAAGAAUCAACUAGAACAUAAAAAAAAUAAUAUUAUGAAAGUGCGCACUGUCGCUUACAAUCAAAAACAUCAAUCGACUGUUCAUAAUCCAUCGGGAAAUUUAAAUAAACAAAAAAUGAGAAAGUAUUAUCAGGCAGCUCUAGCUCUUACAGCAGCAGUAAGUUUGAUAGCUCUGCUAUUUUACAGACAUGAGUACAAUAAAUUACGUUUUGUACUCCAAGUGUUCAAUUACUUUGGAACACCUCAGAAAAAUUCAUUUAAUUGCACCAACAGUAUACACAUUACUGACAGAUAUUAUCAGUCUUCUUCCUGGCAACGUAUUUCUGAUGAUUUUUAUAUAUACUCAGCUUAUAGUUACGACGAAGGAGAAAUAAAAGCUAUUGGAUUCGGUAAAAGAUCUGGUAAUAAUUAUUACUGUCGUGUUCUGUUUGACGACCAGCUGGAGUUCGUUGACGGCAAGUUGAUUGUACAGAAAAUUGAUGAGAACCGUCAGGAUCUUGGUAAUAAUGAUGAUUUUGUAGACAAUAAUGAUCAGGACUACAAUGGAUUUUUAUUUACUUGUAAAUAUGAAAAGGUGAAUGACAAAGAUGUUGUUGGUGUGGAAAUAUUUGACGAUAAGCUCAAAAAUAAUGACAAUAAGCCAAUUAUUCAAGUCCAGACACUGGAUACUAGUUUAAAUCAUAAUAAAACGAAGACCAUCAUCUGCGUAGCGCCGCCGGUAUCAAAACCGUUGAAACAUAUUGACAUGAUAAGUUUCCUGGCUUUCCAUGACUACAUUGGGUGGGAUAAUUUUAUUGUUUAUGACUACGGGAUUCCUCAUGCCUUCAAUGAGGCGGUCAAAAAGAUGUCCAUGUUCUCAAAUGUUCAAUGGAACUUCACUUACACGACGACCUCGUGGAAUUUUCCUUACGCACAAGUACCCAGACGUGUUAUGAGAAAUUUAAUAGAAGCUGAUUGCCUGUAUCGCACGUACACGCGUGCUAAUUUGGCGGUAACUCUAGCUUGGGACGAGUAUGUUAAUCUCAAGUAUCAUACCUCCGUAGAACAUGUGCUGUCAGAUUUAAAUAAAGUAAAUGGUAAAAUAGAUGACAAGUUUCGUGUUAAUGCCGUAAUAUUUUGUACUGAUUACGCUGAUAGUGACUCGGUAAAUUCACCUACUCCUGUGAUAUUACGUACGACACGUAGACUACGAACCGCUGAUAAAAAUGAACCGUUAUUUAUUUAUAAGCUUGAUCAUAUUUCUAGUAAUGACGUUACGCAGCAGGAUAUGGAUGAGUUGAUGAUUAUUAAUCGCUAUCAGAAGUGCAAUACUAAUGAUAGACGGCAAAUAAGUAAUGGCGUUUUGAGAUUCGCUGAGUCAAUGCCGAGUACACAAAUAUUUCAGUAUUACAUUACUGGUAAAUUGUUCAGCCAUAAUUAAAUAAUUUUAUUCAAUAAUUAAGGGCAUUCUCAGACAAUAUCUUCUACACUUUUUAAAAAUAUUCAAUGACUUUCAUAUGUCAUAACGUUAUUAAAAUUUUGGUAAUUAAUUAAAAAGAAAUUGAAGUAUUAAUUGAAAGGACAGCGUGAUUACAAUUUCGCAGAGAGAUUUAAAAAAAAAUUACUUACAAUUAACAUCAAUUAGGAGCUAAACGAAAGUUGGUAAAUAAAUUUCAGUUAAAUAUUCAUGUCAGUUUUAUAAUUCGAAUUUAAAAAAAUUUGUAGGCUAUGAUUUAUUUACCUAAUUUUGUUUAACUUCUAAUUAACAAAAACCGUAAGUAAAUUUUUUUUUAAAUCUAUAUCUCAGUCCGUUUUUUACUCAAGUAAAACACUUGGCUUCGUGACAUCUAUAAGAUAACAGUUUUGAGGCUGUUUUUUGACCUAUCGAUAAGACACCAAAAUGUUGACAAAAUAAUCUAAAAUUUGUCACCGAAAAAAUAUCUGCUUAAAAGACUUGACGCAAGUAACGACAAAAAUUAUAUUGCUACUAAGUCACCUAAACAAUUUUUCAAUUGAAAUUACUUUUUUAAGAAGAGAAAAAGAACCCAAAUUUUAUAUGAGUUCUAGGACCAACAUCUGUACGUCUUAUUUAUUUAAAAAAACUCGGCUUUGAGUCAUUGAAUUUUUUUUUUUAAAUUCGAGGCACUGUCGGAAAAUGCCCUUAAUCUUUAAAAUAAAAUUCUUAAGCUUCAUGACAAUGCACAAAAAUUUUUCUAGUACAAGUCGUAAGCACAAGACAUUAGGAUUUUAAAAUAAACAAUAAUUGUAAGAUUUUUUGUAUGCUUGAAUUAUUAUUAAACUCUAUUGUUCAAAGUA